AUGUCUUCAAGCUGUGGUUUUGUGUGUCUUCUGGUCUUGCUGGGAUUUGUGGCGGCAUUUGGUAGAACCAUCCCCUCAAGCAUUGACGGCCUGAAACAAGCCCAUGAGUUCCUCGCAAAUGAGCUGGUGAGUUUAAUGGUCGUAUCCCUUCGGAUACGAGUUUUGAUCCUUAAUGUUUUUUCCUUCAGUUACACUUAACGUUGUUUUUUUGUGAUUUAUAUCCACAACACUUGUUAUUUAUUUGUACUUUUAAUUCUUAAAUCUAUUUCAACGGAUUCAUGCUCAGAUUAAGGUGUUUAAAAGUGUUGUUUACACUAUGCAGGGAGGCCUCUGUGACCUACAAAAGCUAGUUUCACUCUGGAUUAAAAUCACAGAAUCCUCUGCAGUGAUACAUGCUUUCACUUUCAUUCAUUUCUUUUUGAUAACAAAAGACAUCUUACGAUUGUCCCUUCUAAUGAUUUGAUAUCACUCCAAAACAAACCCAAGCGAUUGAAUGUGGUGAUUGAGCAUUAUGAUGCAUGCAAAAAGGAUUUCUAGAUAUAUAAACUGAAACUAUUCAGUCUGCUUGUGGUUUGAUUGGGACAGUUGUCAUGUUUAUAUAUAUUUUUAAAGAUGCCAAAAUUAUUUUGUGACCUUACGAUUGGGAAAACCCAGUUUAGUGUUAACUUUUUUGGACCCGGUCAAUAUAUAUAGAAAAAAGUAGUAGAAAAUGGGGUAUAAAUGUUGUAUUAUGUUAGCCUGAGGCAGAAUGAGUGAUGUUUCCAACAGUACUUAUAAAAUGUGUGUCAUUUUAAUAUAUUAUGUCCUAUGUAUAAAUUGAUCAGGUCAAUCCAAGGCUGCCAUAAAAAUAAAUACUAAGAGAAAACCACCUUAAUAUCCUCAAACAUUUUAAAAAAUUGAAAACCUAAUCAGAAAAAAACAUGUCAAAUAAGUACACAUCUAAGUCUGAAGAUAUGUAACAAUGUCCUAACCAACUUUACCUUUAGUUGGUUAGCAUAUACUACAACAGCACUUUAGUAAUUAGUGUUUAAGAUUAACGGAUGUGUUUUUGGUUGUUUGUUUCAGAAACUAAAGAAUGGGGAGAUAGCUGGCCAUCCUCUUUUCAAUUCUGUCAUCAACAGCAUCAACAUCUCCUGCCAGGUAAGCAAACCACUUCACAUCAACAGUGUGACAAUUUUUACAAUCAUUUAACUAAAAUUAACGCUUUCACUUUAAAAAAAAAUAAUUUCUGGUGGUAUUAGUAUGGCGUAGUAUUUGUUUGUAAUUAACUUUUGUGUACUGUAUGGUUUUAAUGUAAAAAAAAAAAACGACUGGAUUCACAAAACAGAGAAAAAAGAGAAUUUUAAAUUAACCUGAGAACUAUGAAUCAAUGUUAAAUGAAGUUAAGGGACAAGAGGACCCAGUAAUGAGCCUUGAGGUACUCCGCACCAAUAGUCAGAGUUUGAUCAAAAAUUGACAGAAGAAGAGUCUUCAGUCAAAGUCAUUUGUACAUUAGGGUUAGAUUUUAGUGACAACAUUAUGGCGAUACUGAUUAAAUUUGUAGACCUCUAUAAAAGUUUAAGUGAAGUAACUCCUCAUUCUUUUAAUGAAAUUUAAGACCGUAAUGCCUCUUUCUGUAGAAUUUGGAAAAGUAAGUACCAGCAUGAGACAAAAUUUUAUCUGUUCUCUAAUAUAUUACAAUUUACACAUAUGUGUAACUUAUCCAAAUGUAAUAUCAACAACAGUGUAAGUUAGUUUGAUAGCAUUUCAUUCUGUUCAAGAAAUAUUGUCAUGUUAGCCAACAAUGACUGCGUUUGGUUGGAUAUAAAAUUUAUCAGAGGGCGCACCUAAACCUACUUGAAGUUGUGCCAACUGGACAAUUUCUGUUGUCAAAGUGUCUGAUAAAUAGAACUGGGUGUUUGUUUUCAUUAUUGUACUUUAAACCCCACUGCGCCCUUAUUCAUACUGACUCCAGGUUAUCCCCUCCUCUUCUCCACAGAGAAAAGACGAAAUCCAGCUCAUGAACGUCACUCUGGACAUCUACCUGCAGAUCUUCUCCAGCAUUUUGGACCACAGCGACAACUCUGAGUCCCCAACCCUGCUGGAUAGUGUGCCGAACCAGUCUCAGGUGGAACGGAGCCUGAAGAUGCUCAAGCGGGAGAUGGAGGUGAUGAAGAGACACCUGAACCAUCUGAGUCAGAUGAACCGCAACAGAGAGGAUGUGCUCCACGAGCUGCGCAGAAUUAAGGUACAGGACGCACGUUUAUUUCAGCCUGAAUGGAAAAUAAAAGCUCAAACAUGGGGGGGGGGGGGGGGGGGGAGUUGUGUCCUGGUGCCACAAGCCCAUCCCUAAACUCAGAGCUAUGAAAAUCAGCACAAACCUUUGACAUUAUGUGAGUUACACUUGUGUGUAAAUUUAGACCUGUAGGCCAACCUUUUGAUAGAUGUAGAUUUUUACUUUUUUCAUGGUCACUCUUAUCCAGUUAUCAUUAUUCAAACCCUCUUUUUAAAGCAUGUUAAAUACGUAUUUAGAUUAAAGAAAUGCGGUUGAUGAACUUUUGACUUCUAAGGGCAUGUCGGUUUUAUUUCAGCCAUUUUUUUCUGAAGAAAUGAAAGCUGCCACACACUUGGUUUCUUUUGAGUGGGAGGAGAGAUCGUUUCAUUAGGCUUUCGAACAGAUAUGAAACUUGUGAACUGAUACUUUAUAUUCAAAAUGUGGUUGGUUAAAUAUCUCCUAACUUUAUUCUUAAGACUUUCAUAAAUCAUGGGGUUUAACAGCUGUAAAAAAGCUACAAUUACUCCAAUAGAUGCUUCUAUUAGCAAAGACUAAAAUAGCUGCACUGUGAUGUUUCAGGCAAAUGCACAAAAAAGUGAUAUUUUUGUCACAGACAGGUCCAGAUUGUUAUUCAGAGUAUAAUGUGCUUUACCGAACAAAAACAACUGUAGCAUCAUCUUUUGCAGUUCCAUUAGAUUAAAAUGACAUAAACAGACAUUUUAACCUGCAGUAUAUGAGAGUUGCUCGUCUACUUCUGCCUUGAAACGUAAAUUUGACUCAAUUUUAAAAUUCCAAAUACUCUCUGGAGCCCAUCUUUAAGGCUGCAAACAGGCUGUGGGCUAUUGGUAGAAAGCUUUAUCUCUUAUAUUAUUUUGUAUGUAUGUAGAAAAUAUGAGUCACUAAUUUUUUUUUCUGUCUUCAGGUGGACAAACCUGUGGAGCAGAAAAAGGCUCUGGCUCAGUUCAUGGAAAUCUACGCAGCAGCCUCUAUGAUUGGCCAACGAUGUGGCCCCGCCCACGCCUCCUCUGCCAAAUAA